UUCUACAAACUUCGAAACUCCAGAUAUUAAGACUAAGAUAGAUAAAUUACCUGCUGUCUCCAUUCCACUUGCAAGUAUCAUGUCUACAUCGACUCCUAAUGUAGAUGACUUAACAAAAGAUAAAGUUAUUGAUGUCCCAUCUUCGAGUGCUUCAGUCGACAUUAUUCCAGAUAUUGGUGAUGUUGAUCCGAAACAAAUUCAAGAUUUUGAAAAAGACAUCAAUACAAAGAAUAUUAAAUCCAAUAAUCAAAACGUAAAUUCUCCUUCCUUCCUUAGUAAAAUACGUAAAGGUCUAAAAAUAUCUACAUCAAAAACGAAUAAAAACUUAAAAGAAAAGGGUGAUUCGGAAAUCGCUGAAUCGGACGACACUACCAAAUCGCUAUUAAGCGAUUUUAUUGAAAAGGAGAGAGAGAGCACAGUCAUACAUUAUUUACCGGCCACCGUCGAAAAUUCUAGUUCUGAAUAUCCCGGCUACGACAAACGUCCGAAAACUCCUGUCGAAGGAGACAAAUUGAUCGUACUACGAAAUGAAGAAGAACUCGAUAUUACUGGAAACGUUGAACCUUCAACAUCUUUUCUUCAGAUCAAUCGAACCGGGAUUGUCACUACGUUGAAAUCUCGAAGAGUUUUAAGACGCACAAUUAUCAUCGAUGGUAUCAAAUGCGAAGUGGAGGAAAUAAUAGAUGAACCGGAAGAUGGUUCACCAGUUAAGAGUAUUACAAGAAAAACCAUCAAGAACGGCCAGGAAGUAGUCGAGAAUAUUAUCGACCCGAAAGAGAUUGAAAAGAUCCUAGGGGUAUCCAUGCUCAACGAUAACGUAAGGAAUACCAGUGAAAGAGUUACGACUACGAGUACACGUAAAAUAAUUAGGAGAAAAAUUGUUGUCGAUGGAAAAGAGUCUGUAGUAGAAGAGGAAGUUGAUGUUUCUGAUGGUGAUGAAACCACGGAUAAAGUGAUACUUAAGUCUUCGAAUGAGGGUGUAGAAGAAGUAUGUCAACCAGAAAAUCUAGAUAAAACUCAAAAACAAUUUACUAUCCAAACAACAAUCAGUGAAUUACCUACUGAUUCUAAUAUAAUCACAAAAUCUUUUACUAGAAAAGUUAUUAGGCGUACAGUGGUGGUAGAUGGUAAAGAAAAGGUUGAAGAGGAGGUGGUGGAAGAACCGAAAGGUUUUGGUUUUACUGAAUCGUUCCAUAGAGAAAUUCAAAACGUUGGUGAUAAAAGUUAUGAAUUAACAACGAUUCCCCAGGAACCCCAAUUAAAAAGAGACUCCGAAUUCAUAAAUGAAACUCAAACCGAUCGUACCAUUUUCACGACCAUAAAAACUCGUAAAUUAAUUCGUAGAAUAGUUAUCGUAGAUGGUAAAGAAACAGUUGUAGAAGAGGAAAUUGAUGUGCCCGAGACAAGUGAUAACACAGAUGUGCUCACGAGUAACAGGGACAACCAGAGACCAAUCGGACUAGUUGAAAAACCAUUGAAAUUGGAUAACGUUGAAGUUGAUAAAUCCCAAACAAUAUCAACUCGUACUAUUAAAAAGAUACGAAAAAUAAUAAAACGAAUAACAACAGUUGACGGAAAAGAAAAAGUGGUAGAGGAAAUUGUAGAUGAACCGGUGGAUGAUAACACGAUAGAAAUAGUAAAAAAAUCAAAAGACUCCAACGAUUUCCAACUUGAUAAUUCAGCUGAUUAUAAUACAACUAUUAUCGAUAAUGACAAACAUUCAUCUGAAGUAUCAUCCGAGACCGAUUGUACAACUGACAAAACAUCGAAACAAAAGGAUUCGGUAGAUCUUCCAACCUUAAGCAUUCCGAGCGUUGAUAUCAAAACUCCCUCGGUCACGAAAGCGGAAGUUCCAAGUAAGACGAAGGAAAUCGACUUACCAUCCGUCGAUAUACACGAAGUGAAAUCACCAAAACUUGAAAUCAAGGAUCCCAAAGUCGAUAUUAAAACAACCAAGUUCGACUUGUCCGAUGUUAAGAUUCCGGGAUUCAAAACUAAAAAAGAUAAAAAAUCCAAAUCUCCUACGGAAUCGGCCACUAACGUUGGUGAAAGCAUUUCGGUUGACAUUCCAUCUGUAACUGAACCCAUUGUAAAAGUGUCAACUCCAGAAAUCGGUAAGACCGAUAUAUCUAAGAUUGGCGUUUCUACAAACAUCGAAACUCCAGACGUUAAGAUAAAGAAAGGAAAAUCGCCGAAAGGAUCCACCGAUAUUAAUAUCGACAUCAAAGAAAAGGUUUCGGUAGAUCUUCCAACCGUAAGCAUUCCGAGCGUUGAUAUCAAAACUCCCUCGGUCACGAAAGCGGAAGUUCCAAGUAAGACGAAGGAAACCGACUUACCAUCCGUCGAUAUACACGAAGUGAAAUCACCAAAACUUGAAAUCAAGGAUCCCAAAGUCGAUAUUAAAACAACCAAGUUCGACUUGUCCGAUGUUAAGAUUCCGGGAUUCAAAACUAAAAAAGAUAAAAAAUCGAAAUCUCCUACGGAAUCGGCCACUAACGUUGGUGAAAGCAUUUCGGUUGACAUUCCAUCUGUAACUGAACCCAUUGUAAAAGUGUCAACUCCAGAAAUCGGUAAGACCGAUAUAUCUAAGAUUGGCGUUUCUACAAACAUCGAAACUCCAGACGUUAAGAUAAAGAAAGGAAAAUCGCCGAAAGGAUCCACCGAUAUUAAUAUCGACAUCAAAGAAAAGGUUUCGGUAGAUCUUCCAACCGUAAGCAUUCCGAGCGUUGAUAUCAAAACUCCCUCGGUCACGAAAGCGGAAGUUCCAAGUAAGACGAAGGAAAUCGACUUACCAUCCGUCGAUAUACACGAAGUGAAAUCACCAAAACUUGAAAUCAAGGAUCCCAAAGUCGAUAUUAAAACAACCAAGUUCGACUUGUCCGAUGUUAAGAUUCCGGGAUUCAAAACUAAAAAAGAUAAAAAAUCGAAAUCUCCUACGGAAUCGGCCACUAACGUUGGUGAAAGCAUUUCGGUUGACAUUCCAUCUGUAACUGAACCCAUUGUAAAAUUGUCAACUCCAGAAAUCGGUAAGACCGAUAUAUCUAAGAUUGGCGUUUCUACAAACAUCGAAACUCCAGACGUUAAGAUAAAGAAAGGAAAAUCGCCGAAAGGAUCCACCGAUAUUAAUAUCGACAUCAAAGAAAAGGUUUCGGUAGAUCUUCCAACCGUAAGCAUUCCGAGCGUUGAUAUCAAAACUCCCUCGGUCACGAAAGCGGAAGUUCCAAGUAAGACGAAGGAAAUCGACUUACCAUCCGUCGAUAUACACGAAGUGAAAUCACCAAAACUUGAAAUCAAGGAUCCCAAAGUCGAUAUUAAAACAACCAAGUUCGACUUGUCCGAUGUUAAGAUUCCGGGAUUCAAAACUAAAAAAGAUAAAAAAUCCAAAUCUCCUACGGAAUCGGCCACUAACGUUGGUGAAAGCAUUUCGGUUGACAUUCCAUCUGUAACUGAACCCAUUGUAAAAGUGUCAACUCCAGAAAUCGGUAAGACCGAUAUAUCUAAGAUUGGCGUUUCUACAAACAUCGAAACUCCAGACGUUAAGAUAAAGAAAGGAAAAUCGCCGAAAGGAUCCACCGAUAUUAAUAUCGACAUCAAAGAAAAGGUUUCGGUAGAUCUUCCAACCGUAAGCAUUCCGAGCGUUGAUAUCAAAACUCCCUCGGUCACGAAAGCGGAAGUUCCAAGUAAGACGAAGGAAACCGACUUACCAUCCGUCGAUAUACACGAAGUGAAAUCACCAAAACUUGAAAUCAAGGAUCCCAAAGUCGAUAUUAAAACAACCAAGUUCGACUUGUCCGAUGUUAAGAUUCCGGGAUUCAAAACUAAAAAAGAUAAAAAAUCGAAAUCUCCUACGGAAUCGGCCACUAACGUUGGUGAAAGCAUUUCGGUUGACAUUCCAUCUGUAACUGAACCCAUUGUAAAAGUGUCAACUCCAGAAAUCGGUAAGACCGAUAUAUCUAAGAUUGGCGUUUCUACAAACAUCGAAACUCCAGACGUUAAGAUAAAGAAAGGAAAAUCGCCGAAAGGAUCCACCGAUAUUAAUAUCGACAUCAAAGAAAAGGUUUCGGUAGAUCUUCCAACCGUAAGCAUUCCGAGCGUUGAUAUCAAAACUCCCUCGGUCACGAAAGCGGAAGUUCCAAGUAAGACGAAGGAAACCGACUUACCAUCCGUCGAUAUACACGAAGUGAAAUCACCAAAACUUGAAAUCAAGGAUCCCAAAGUCGAUAUUAAAACAACCAAGUUCGACUUGUCCGAUGUUAAGAUUCCGGGAUUCAAAACUAAAAAAGAUAAAAAAUCCAAAUCUCCUACGGAAUCGGCCACUAACGUUGGUGAAACCAUUUCGGUUGACAUUCCAUCUGUAACUGAACCCAUUGUAAAAGUGUCAACUCCAGAAAUCGGUAAGACCGAUAUAUCUAAGAUUGGCGUUUCUACAAACAUCGAAACUCCAGACGUUAAGAUAAAGAAAGGAAAAUCGCCGAAAGGAUCCACCGAUAUUAAUAUCGACAUCAAAGAAAAGGUUUCGGUAGAUCUUCCAACCGUAAGCAUUCCGAGCGUUGAUAUCAAAACUCCCUCGGUCACGAAAGCGGAAGUUCCAAGUAAGACGAAGGAAAUCGACUUACCAUCCGUCGAUAUACACGAAGUGAAAUCACCAAAACUUGAAAUCAAGGAUCCCAAAGUCGAUAUUAAAACAACCAAGUUCGACUUGUCCGAUGUUAAGAUUCCGGGAUUCAAAACUAAAAAAGAUAAAAAAUCGAAAUCUCCGACGGAAUCGGCCACUAACGUUGGUGAAACCAUUUCGGUUGACAUUCCAUCUGUAACUGAACCCAUUGUAAAAGUGUCAACUCCAGAAAUCGGUAAGACCGAUAUAUCUAAGAUUGGCGUUUCUACAAACAUCGAAACUCCAGACGUUAAGAUAAAGAAAGGAAAAUCGCCGAAAGGAUCCACCGAUAUUAAUAUCGACAUCAAAGAAAAGGUUUCGGUAGAUCUUCCAACCGUAAGCAUUCCGAGCGUUGAUAUCAAAACUCCCUCGGUCACGAAAGCGGAAGUUCCAAGUAAGACGAAGGAAACCGACUUACCAUCCGUCGAUAUACACGAAGUGAAAUCACCAAAACUUGAAAUCAAGGAUCCCAAAGUAGAUAUUAAAACAACCAAGUUCGACUUGUCCGAUGUUAAGAUUCCGGGAUUCAAAACUAAAAAAGAUAAAAAAUCCAAAUCUCCUACGGAAUCGGCCACUAACGUUGGUGAAAGCAUUUCGGUUGACAUUCCAUCUGUAACUGAACCCAUUGUAAAAGUGUCAACUCCAGAAAUCGGUAAGACCGAUAUAUCUAAGAUUGGCGUUUCUACAAACAUCGAAACUCCAGACGUUAAGAUAAAGAAAGGAAAAUCGCCGAAAGGAUCCACCGAUAUUAAUAUCGACAUCAAAGAAAAGGUUUCGGUAGAUCUUCCAACCGUAAGCAUUCCGAGCGUUGAUAUCAAAACUCCCUCGGUCACGAAAGCGGAAGUUCCAAGUAAGACGAAGGAAACCGACUUACCAUCCGUCGAUAUACACGAAGUGAAAUCACCAAAACUUGAAAUCAAGGAUCCCAAAGUCGAUAUUAAAACAACCAAGUUCGACUUGUCCGAUGUUAAGAUUCCGGGAUUCAAAACUAAAAAAGAUAAAAAAUCGAAAUCUCCUACGGAAUCGGCCACUAACGUUGGUGAAAGCAUUUCGGUUGACAUUCCAUCUGUAACUGAACCCAUUGUAAAAGUGUCAACUCCAGAAAUCGGUAAGACCGAUAUAUCUAAGAUUGGCGUUUCUACAAACAUCGAAACUCCAGACGUUAAGAUAAAGAAAGGAAAAUCGCCGAAAGGAUCCACCGAUAUUAAUAUCGACAUCAAAGAAAAGGUUUCGGUAGAUCUUCCAACCGUAAGCAUUCCGAGCGUUGAUAUCAAAACUCCCUCGGUCACGAAAGCGGAAGUUCCAAGUAAGACGAAGGAAACCGACUUACCAUCCGUCGAUAUACACGAAGUGAAAUCACCAAAACUUGAAAUCAAGGAUCCCAAAGUCGAUAUUAAAACAACCAAGUUCGACUUGUCCGAUGUUAAGAUUCCGGGAUUCAAAACUAAAAAAGAUAAAAAAUCCAAAUCUCCUACGGAAUCGGCCACUAACGUUGGUGAAACCAUUUCGGUUGACAUUCCAUCUGUAACUGAACCCAUUGUAAAAGUGUCAACUCCAGAAAUCGGUAAGACCGAUAUAUCUAAGAUUGGCGUUUCUACAAACAUCGAAACUCCAGACGUUAAGAUAAAGAAAGGAAAAUCGCCGAAAGGAUCCACCGAUAUUAAUAUCGACAUCAAAGAAAAGGUUUCGGUAGAUCUUCCAACCGUAAGCAUUCCGAGCGUUGAUAUCAAAACUCCCUCGGUCACGAAAGCGGAAGUUCCAAGUAAGACGAAGGAAACCGACUUACCAUCCGUCGAUAUACACGAAGUGAAAUCACCAAAACUUGAAAUCAAGGAUCCCAAAGUCGAUAUUAAAACAACCAAGUUCGACUUGUCCGAUGUUAAGAUUCCGGGAUUCAAAACUAAAAAAGAUAAAAAAUCCAAAUCUCCUACGGAAUCGGCCACUAACGUUGGUGAAAGCAUUUCGGUAGACAUUCCAUCUGUAACUGAACCCAUUGUAAAAGUGUCAACUCCAGAAAUCGGUAAGACCGAUAUAUCUAAGAUUGGCGUUUCUACAAACAUCGAAACUCCAGACGUUAAGAUAAAGAAAGGAAAAUCGCCGAAAGGAUCCACCGAUAUUAAUAUCGACAUCAAAGAAAAGGUUUCGGUAGAUCUUCCAACCGUAAGCAUUCCGAGCGUUGAUAUCAAAACUACCUCGGUCACGAAAGCGGAAGUUCCAAGUAAGACGAAGGAAACCGACUUACCAUCCGUCGAUAUACACGAAGUGAAAUCACCAAAACUUGAAAUCAAGGAUCCCAAAGUCGAUAUUAAAACAACCAAGUUCGACUUGUCCGAUGUUAAGAUUCCGGGAUUCAAAACUAAAAAAGAUAAAAAAUCGAAAUCUCCUACGGAAUCGGCCACUAACGUUGGUGAAAGCAUUUCGGUUGACAUUCCAUCUGUAACUGAACCCAUUGUAAAAGUGUCAACUCCAGAAAUCGGUAAGACCGAUAUAUCUAAGAUUGGCGUUUCUACAAACAUCGAAACUCCAGACGUUAAGAUAAAGAAAGGAAAAUCGCCGAAAGGAUCCACCGAUAUUAAUAUCGACAUCAAAGAAAAGGUUUCGGUAGAUCUUCCAACCGUAAGCAUUCCGAGCGUUGAUAUCAAAACUCCCUCGGUCACGAAAGCGGAAGUUCCAAGUAAGACGAAGGAAACCGACUUACCAUCCGUCGAUAUACACGAAGUGAAAUCACCAAAACUUGAAAUCAAGGAUCCCAAAGUCGAUAUUAAAACAACCAAGUUCGACUUGUCCGAUGUUAAGAUUCCGGGAUUCAAAACUAAAAAAGAUAAAAAAUCGAAAUCUCCUACGGAAUCGGCCACUAACGUUGGUGAAAGCAUUUCGGUUGACAUUCCAUCUGUAACUGAACCCAUUGUAAAAGUGUCAACUCCAGAAAUCGGUAAGACCGAUAUAUCUAAGAUUGGCGUUUCUACAAACAUCGAAACUCCAGACGUUAAGAUAAAGAAAGGAAAAUCGCCGAAAGGAUCCACCGAUAUUAAUAUCGACAUCAAAGAAAAGGUUUCGGUAGAUCUUCCAACCGUAAGCAUUCCGAGCGUUGAUAUCAAAACUCCCUCGGUCACGAAAGCGGAAGUUCCAAGUAAGACGAAGGAAACCGACUUACCAUCCGUCGAUAUACACGAAGUGAAAUCACCAAAACUUGAAAUCAAGGAUCCCAAAGUCGAUAUUAAAACAACCAAGUUCGACUUGUCCGAUGUUAAGAUUCCGGGAUUCAAAACUAAAAAAGAUAAAAAAUCGAAAUCUCCUACGGAAUCGGCCACUUACGUUGGUGAAACCAUUUCGGUUGACAUUCCAUCUGUAACUGAACCCAUUGUAAAAGUGUCAACUCCACAGAUCGGUAAGACCGAUGUAUCUAAGAUUGGCGUUUCCACAAACUUCGAAACUCCAGAUAUUAAGACUAAGAUAGAUAAAAUACCUGCUGUCUCCAUCCCACUUGCAAGUAUCAUGUCUACAUCGACUCCUAAUGUAGAUGACUUAACAAAAGAUAAAGUUAUUGAUGUCCCAUCUUCGAGUGCUUCAGUCGACAUUAUUCCAGAUAUUGGUGAUGUUGAUCCGAAACAAAUUCAAGAUUUUGAAAAAGACAUCAAUACAAAGAAUAUUAAAUCCAAUAAUCAAAACGUAAAUUCUCCUUCCUUCCUUAGUAAAAUACGUAAAGGUCUAAAAAUAUCUACAUCAAAAACGAAUAAAAACUUAAAAGAAAAGGGUGAUUCGGAAAUCGCUGAAUCGGACGACACUACCAAAUCGCUAUUAAGCGAUUUUAUUGAAAAGGAGAGAGAGAGCACAGUCAUACAUUAUUUACCGGCCACCGUCGAAAAUUCUAGUUCUGAAUAUCCCGGCUACGACAAACGUCCGAAAACUCCUGUCGAAGGAGACAAAUUGAUCGUACUACGAAAUGAAGAAGAACUCGAUAUUACUGGAAACGUUGAACCUUCAACAUCUUUUCUUCAGAUCAAUCGAACCGGGAUUGUCACUACGUUGAAAUCUCGAAGAGUUUUAAGACGCACAAUUAUCAUCGAUGGUAUCAAAUGCGAAGUGGAGGAAAUAAUAGAUGAACCGGAAGAUGGUUCACCAGUUAAGAGUAUUACAAGAAAAACCAUCAAGAACGGCCAGGAAGUAGUCGAGAAUAUUAUCGACCCGAAAGAGAUUGAAAAGAUCCUAGGGCUAUCCAUGCUCAACGAUAACGUAAGGAAUACCAGCGAAAGAGUUACGACUACGAGUACACGUAAAAUAAUUAGGAGAAAAAUUGUUGUCGAUGGAAAAGAGUCUGUAGUAGAAGAGGAAGUUGAUGUUUCUGAUGGUGAUGAAACCACGGAUAAAGUGAUACUUAAGUCUUCGAAUGAGGGUGUAGAAGAAGUAUGUCAACCAGAAAAUCUAGAUAAAACUCAAAAACAAUUUACUAUCCAAACAACAAUCAGUGAAUUACCUACUGAUUCUAAUAUAAUCACAAAAUCUUUUACUAGAAAAGUUAUUAGGCGUACAGUGGUGGUAGAUGGAAAAGAAAAGAUUAUAGUAGAACUCGAUGAUCCUGAAUCUGAUGUUUCAAUAGGAACUGAUUUUCAUAUUUUUGAAAGAGAUUCAUGUAAAUUGGGUUCUAAAAGUACGUCUAAUAGACUAGAGAGUUUGGAUUCAGUUGAAAAUUCAACACUUGAUUCAGGUUCAAUGAAAAUGGUAGUUAAGAAGGUAAUUGGUGAUAGAGUUAGAAUGAAAUGUAUGUUGGAUAAGGUUGAUGAUAAAUUAAUUAAUAUAAUACCUAUUAAUCUAAGUGAUUUAUCUAUUUCUUCUACCUAUAUUAAUGGCCUUAAAAAUAAUAUUAUUAAAUCAGACAUUAAAAACAAAUAUACUAUGUACCUUACAUUCUAUGAGGAGAUUGGGGAGUUGUUGGAUAUUAUCACAUUCUACAUCUCAAAACAAAAAAAAUUCAGUGACGCUGACAUGGAAUUUUACUUGGAAGAACCAUUAAAUUCAAAACAAAUUCUAAAUCAAAUCGAAUCAGUUGUGAAAGAUGUAUCCAACAUAAAAGAGAAACAUACUAAUACUAAUGAAGAAUAUGAAACUAUUAUAUCGAUAAUAGAAAAACUUCAAAAUAAGACAAAAUUAGUUAAAUGUCAUAUUGAUACUUUCAACAAAGAUGUCGAUUUAGUGGAUUGGCAGAACCAAAUUUUGAGAAUUGAUGAUGCUCAUAAACAAAUAGAACAAUAUAAAUCAGAUUUUGAACAAUUAAAAAAAGAAAAAUCAUCAUAUCAAGACAAACUUAACAAUUUGGAAAUAUUAUUAGCUCAUAAUCAAUUAGUCAUUGAAGAAUUAUAUGAUAUUAUAAGUAUUUACAAAAUAAAAUACAACUCAAAAAAUAAAUUACCAGACGAUACGUAUAAAUAUUUAAAAGCUGCGAUUAAACUAGAUAAAGAAUUAGAAAAUACAACCAAACUCUUUAUUGAUGAAAUCGAAAAAGAUAAUUUCACCAAUAUGAACUCUAAACAAUUAGAACUAGUUUGUGGAGCAGUAAAAAAUUAUAAUGAAAAUACGAAUAAAUAUUAUAACAUCAAACAUAUUCUGGAGGAACUUGAUAAAUAUCACCAUAUCGCUACAAAGCUGACAAACUUAAAAACCUUAUCGGAAUCUCAGAAACCCGAUAAAAAUGUCAUAAAACAUUUGGAUGUGGAACUGAAUAAUACACAGUUAAAUAUAAAAAAACUUUUAACCAUUCAAAAUGAGUGGACUCGUAUAGAAGAUAUUUUAACAGCUGAACAAAAAUGGUUAGAUGAAGUUGGAGUGUCUAUUCUGGAUCUAACGAAAAUAACGUCAAUCAAUUAUGUUCAAACGCUGUCUAACACACAAAAUACAAUCACAAAUGUGGCUAUGCAUUACGACAAACUUAUUUAUUUGAAAGACAUAAUAGAAAAACUCCAGAAUCAAAUUGAUGUGAAACCUUUAUUGUACGUAUGUGAACAGCAUACGAAUGAUACGUUCAAAUUGAAAAACAAUUUAAAGGCAAAAGAAAUGCGCUUGAUAACAUUUAAGAAACAAUAUGACAAGUACAGUGAACUCAAGAACAAUAUUGAAUUGAGUUUGUUACGUAUUACAUCUAAUUUGGAAGAUAUUACACCAAGCCAGGAAAUCGUCGAUAACAAUAUAAUUGGAUACGAGUUGGAAAUUUUAGAAGAAUCUAUUAGAACUUGUUCUGACAGUUUAAAUGAAUCACUAGAUAUCUUGCCUAUAUCCGAUGGACAAAAUGAAAUAGAAACCAUGGGAUCGUUUACAACAGAAUGUAAGGCAUUAAAAGAUAAACUGUAUAAAACCAGGUCUACUGUGGACAAUCGCGAAAUUUCAAAAAUAUUUAAACACCUAGAAACCGCUUUAGAAAAACCGAAAGACACAUUAUUAGACCAUAUUAAGACGCUCAAAGGUAUUUCAUAUGAAAUAAUCGCCAUUGAGAAUCUUGAGAAUAAUGACCAACAAUUAAGCGCCUUCAAAAGUCAAUGUAAUAGUCAACUAAAAGAUUAUUCAGAUUUAAAUAAAAAAACUGAAAUAUUGCGUAAUACACUGUUCGAGCUAACUAACGAUAUUAAAAACGCUGAUUUCACUUUGUCGGAAUUGGAAAAUGAAUCACAUAAAGACAGGCACACUUCUGAAACAGCAAUUUGCAAAACUUACCAUCAAAUUUCGGACCAAAUGAAAAAUAUGCAACAAAUGCUGUCAUCAACUUCUCAACAGUUGAAACAAUUAAAAGAUAGUCUUAAGCAUUUUAAAAAAGACAGAAAAACAUUGGAAUCCGAAGUGAAUGAAGUUGAAAAACGAUAUAAACAAUUAAAAACAAAACAUCAAAGUGCACUCAAAACGUUUGAAAAUAAAUGCAACUAUUGGACAAUGGUCGACGAUCUAUUACUAAAAAUUAUAAUAAAAAAUAACCAUGUAAACAAUUUAACUAUAAUCCCAUCAGACUCGGAUACCUUAGCUGGAAAACAUUUAGAAGCAAUAUUGAAGCACCUCAAGGAUGUACGCAGCUUAUAUGACAAGGAAAAUAAAACUAUUUUGGCUGACGUUGAAACUCUGCGUAGAAAAGGAGACAAAGACCAAAUUGAUGAAAUAAUUGACGGAGAUCUGAAGCAAUGGAAUGACACCGGUGUGGCUGUAAAACAAUUGGUAGAACGUUAUGAAAAGGCAUCAAAAACGCUUCACAGUUAUCAACAACUAAGAGAGUCUACGAAUAAUUGGUUGAAUAAUAAACUUUUGUCAAUCGAAACUACAGAAGAUGUAUCAGAUAAGACAAAAUCAAUUGAUAAACAAAAAGAAAAUCUGGUCGAAUUACGGAAGAUGAUAACAGACGUGGCUGAAACCAUUGGACUAAAUCUAGAUGAUGCGCCGCUAAACGAAAUCGAAGAACUUAGUUUAAAACUAGAGAAAGUCCAAAAAGUUCUCGCUGCACUCGGAGAUGUUGCGGACAAAAAGAACAAAAUGUCGGACAACAUCGAAGAUGCGAAACGACUUUUACAUGAUAUCGAAAAAAAUUCAUCAAAAUCCACUAAAAACAAUGACGAGAACCUAAAAGAAUUAAGAAUGAAAUUAUUAGAUUUAAACAAAUCGAAAAAAGAGAUGGACGAAUCUUUUGACAUAGAUAACUUUGAAAUACCAUUAUGUGAAAAACGUACAUACUCUAUCAUCGAAGUAUUCCAGCUCUGGCAGCAAAUAUUCAAAGAAACUUUCAAUCAAUAUCGUAAAUUAUCGUGUUCUUUACUUGAAAAUGAAAACAACAUCGCUGUAUUUGAACUAUGGCACGACUAUUUGAUGUAUGUACAAGAAUUUUUAAAAUCUCCUGUUCCUGGUGACUACCAUUCGUUAACAAGUCAUGAACGACUUUGUCAAGUACACCAAGAAGUAUUGAUCAGUCAGAUGGAUACUAUACCCAAUUGUAUGAAUAAGCCAGACAUCAUCUCUGAGCCAGAAGCAAUGGAAAGAUUUACAUCGUUAAUGGAUUUACACAAUGCAACUAUGACAGAACUCGAAAGCACUCAUCAAGAAGUGUGGACCAAACUAGGCCACUGGAAAGAAUACAGAACAAACGUUAAGAAAGUUUAUGAAUGGUUAUGGAAAGUUGAAAAAGUUCAUUCAAAUUUAAAUCUUAAAUUUAUUAACACUAGAAGACUGCCACAAUUAAAAUCUCAAAUAACUAGUUUAUUAAAUAAUUUAGCCGUAGAGCGUUCUCAAAUUAAUGAUUUAGAAAAUCGUCAAAAUACCAUCUUCGAGUUCUGUGAUAAACCUACAGAAACUGGCUACAGAAAAGAACUGAUAGCAAUUAGUCAACGAGUCAAUGAGAUCCAAGCAUCAUUAGAAGUUUGGAACGGUUACCUAGAAAACAUAGAAAAGCUUACUACCUCUUUCGACGUUCAAAGCACGGAAAUAGAUCAAGUAUUGCAAAACGUGCAAACUAAACUUGAUACACUGAAAAAUGAAUUUGGAUCGAAUGAGGAUAUAGUGCCAUCAGAUAAACUGAAAAUAGAGUCCAAUAAAAUACAGGAAUUAAAUAACAGCUUGAAACAAUUAGAUCCGCAACUUUCGUCUACCGCGGAUAUACGAGACAAGUUAAAGGAUUCCUUAGAUCCUAUAGAAAUUCGUUCAUUUGGCCAAAAACUUAGGUUUUUAAUUUAUCAUCAAAAGGAUUUGCAAUAUCAAUUGUUCUUGUACUCUUGUCAAAUAGAUAAUUUGUUAUAUAAGCCCCAAGAAUUCACUCAUAGAUACACUAGAUUUAGGAAUUGGGCUAUUGAUACAGAAACUCAGUUGAAAAAUUUAACUAAAUCUUUAAAAGAUCCACAAUUCGCUAUUGAUGUGUUGAAACCUGAAUUUGAAUCUCAGAUUAAUUCUAAACAAAAAGAAUUUAAUUGGUUAAACGGAGCUGGAAAUCAACUAAUUAAGGCAGAAUCCCAACUGAAUCCUCAACUAGUAAAAACUACUGAAUCUAACUUGAAAGAAAUCAAUGAAAACUGGAAUAGUUUAAAUGGUUCAUUGUAUAAAUAUACUGUUGAAUUACCUACAACAAUUUUGAAUACAAAUAAAUUAUUCGAUAAACUCAAUACCUUUAAAAUUUGGAUCAACGACUUAGAAUCAAAAAUAAACAAUGCAAUUGUUUUUAACGAUCGUUCAGAAUAUAACUUAAAAGAAGAAUUAAAGAGUUUAGAUGCAUUAAGUAACGCGUAUAAAGAAAAACAAGGUGAAUAUAACGAAUUAAUGGCUAGAUGUAAUGAACAACUAGAAAACGAUAAAAACACAAAUGAUUCUGAUACCACUCAAGAUUUGCAGUGCCCAUCCAAAACCUUACCUAUCAGCUGGAAGAACUUAGAAAAUAAAAUUAGCGACAAACGUGUUCGCGUAUUAAGUGCAUGGGAGGAACUACAAACCAUACUUGGUUUAGUCGAUGUAGAGACUAAAUGGUUAAGUCGAUUGAAUGUUGACGUUGAAGAACAUAAAAAAAAGAAAUUCGUAGAACAUAAAAGUCUGUCUGGUUUAAUCAGUAAUUUCGAACAAGAACAAAAAAACGCAAAAGAUAAGUUUUCUAAGUUAGAGCUCGCUGUUUCUAUAUCUCGUUCUACAUACACUGCAAAGUUCAUUGACGAAGAAAUAGAAAUAAUUAGUAAAAAACGAGAAUCCCUGUUGGAACAAAUUGAUAUGAUACUUAUCAUUCUUAAAAAAUCAUUAACACUAUGGAAAGACUUCAUUAAUGCACAUGGAAGGGCUGUAGUAACUUUAACUCAAGUCGAUACCAAACUGAUUCAACUUGAAUUAUUAGAUAAAUCUGACAAUGGUGAAGAAGGAAAUGCACGUGUUAUGGAGAAAAACCUUGGAAAUUUACAGAUAUUAGAAAUGGAGUUGAAAAAAUAUGGAGGACUACUCGAGAAAGCAGAUGCAUUAGGUCUGCAAUUAAUGACUAAUAGUACUCCUAGUGAUAUAAAAAAUAUUCAAGAAAUGAUUGACGAGUACCAACUUUUAUGGAAGGAUAUCAACAAUCGUAUUGAAAAAUUGAAAGUGACGUGUGUUCAAGAAACUUCGUGUAGAAAGAAGCGAUCAGUAAACGAAGAAGUUCAAGUAGAAACAUUAAAGUUUGGCAAAGAUUCACAAAUACAAGUCGACACUCUUCCUACUGAAUUGCUCAGAAAAGAUUCAUUCCAAUAUGAAUUACAAACAGCAAUAGCGAACGCUACUACCAACCUAAACGACUUGGAAUUAGCUAUACAAAAGUCUGACAAAAACUUAUCGAAAAAUAUUGCGACGUGUCAAAUGUCCAUAGACCUAAUCAAACAUCUCAGCGUCAUAUUAAAAACACAAUGUGGAGUAUCUGAGUCCGACAUAACCAUAAUCAGGUCAGAAGAAUUAUUGGCCAAGUACGAGGAGCUUCUUGUAAAUUUCCGAUCACAGCAGCAAGUCGGUCAACCAAAAACUAGCAAUUCGGCCAUGUGUCCACUGUGCUCCGAACAAAACUGGUCACAGUUCGAGAACGACAUGUGGCGCUUGGAACACUGGAUACAGUCAACCGAAGCUAAGUUGAGCGUCCAACCGAUGGUGCCACCAUCGAAGAUUGAACAACUUGAAGACGUCAUACAGGAGCAUAGGGAACUCCUGUUGUACUUGGACAGUCACCGCAAUAUUGUGCAGUCAUUGAACGUAAUUGGACACCAUUUGGCCGAACAUAGCAAUGAUGAGGAAAGAGCAGCUCAAAUCAAAAACCGUUUAUCUGCAACCAAUUCCAGAUGGGAUCGUGUCUGUUUUGCGUGCACCGAAUGGCAGACCAAAUUGCAAACUGCACUUAUGGAGAACGAUGAGUUUUAUGGCGUAAUUGACGAACUCGUCGAUUGGCUAGACGAAACAGAACGAGCGAUCAAGACGACCGAACCGGUAGACUUGGCCGAAGACACGGUUAUCAUAGUGGACAAAUUCAACAAGUUUAAGAACAUGCACGCAGAACUGGAGAGAUGUGAACCACGAGUGGUGUCGCUGCUCGAGGCAGCCGACUGGCUACGACAAGCCAACGAGAAGACUGGCGCAACGACGCGCUCAACUUCCGCCGCCACCUCCGCAACCGAUCAGACCAUCGUCGACUCUCACGCAAGACUGUCACAUCUCAGGGCUCGGCUUACAGUGUUAAUAAACAUGACGGCUAGUUACGCGACGAAACUGGGCACGACCUUGGGCUACGACAUGUCGCCGGACAGCGUUUGCAUAAGACUCCACCAGGUGGACGAUACCAGCACUGCUAUGAAUCGAUCCGACGAAGAAGAACCGAACACAAAUGUUGGCGGAGAUGAGACGGUGCUGAGACGCGGCUACAGAUUCUUCGGACGGGUGAUGCGAGCGUCCCUGCCGUUCCAGGUGCUGAUGCUGCUGGUCCUGGGUGCCGCCUCUCUGGUUCCGAUCGUCGACGAGGAGUUCAGCUGCAUGGAGUCUAACAACAUCGCCUGGAGCCUUUACCCGUUGCUCCGCUACCCCGGCGGACCGCCACCCGUAUAGAGCGACCACGAUGACCACCCCACCACCAACGUACCACACGAUCAUAUGUGUCCCUUACCACCCCCCCCCCACCACAAUCAUUCACAUCGAUCAAUAUUAGGAUCAUUAUUGUCAUUAUUUUUUUAUUAUUUUUAUUAUUAUUAUUAUUACUAUUAUUGUUGUUGUUGUAAUUACUGUUAUUUCUAAACACACGCAUACACACUACCCGAGUUGAAAUCGUUUAUGAUAUUAUUAUAUUGUUGUGUUCGCCGUUUGUAACAUUGUUUGGGGUAUGUACCUCGUACUGCCGUUUUCACGAUGAACGAAUAGCGAUGACAGUGAUUAACCAAAACCUAUGCCAUUAGAAUAUUAUAUGCCCGUUUCGAAAUGUAUUUUAAACAUACGAGAUAUAUUGUCAUGUAAAACAAACGCUUUAAACAUUUUCCAAGUUCGUCCCUCGAUGAAGUGCUUCGAGUACUUCAUGCAGCGUAACCACCUGCUACCGUCACCGAUUUUUGGUUUUGUUAUUGGUAAUUUAGUGUGACGCGUCCGUCUAUUUAAUAGUAAUUGACAGUAAUUUAAUUGUUAGAAUUUCACUCUAAUCAUCUUGAUAUACGACGUUAAAUCAAAAUUUAAACUAAUUUGAUGUUAUAAGAAUACGAGACUGUCAAAGUGCAGGGUACAAAAAAAAUAGUCAUUAAUAAUUAAUAAAAUAUAAUAAAAAACCAUGUAUUAUACUGUCUGUGUUCAUUGUUGAAAAAAUAUAAAUACAAAUUUAUUGUGAACACGUGUGAGUUGAACGUUUUAAAAUUACUGUCAAUUUAUUAAUGAUAAUUUAUCUUUAAAAAAUAAUAAACAUAUUUAUAUUGAAACGUAUUGCGUCCGUAAGAAAAAAAAUCAUUAAUAAUUCGUUUUGUUACAAAUUAUUAAAGCGUUGUCGUUGUUAAGGUUAACUAAAACAUUUAAAACUAUUAUCUAGUACUAUAUCAAUUUAAGUUUCGUGCUUAAUAUUAACACUACUAACUCUCAUAUUAU